AUGUUCACAUCGAAAUCCAGUGUAUACAAGGACGGAGAUGCAGUCAUUGGAGGGUUUUUCCCUCUUCAUACUUUUAUAACGGACAGUGACAUCAACAAGCCUACGGAAACAAUUUACACUCAGUUAAAGACCAAGAACUAUCAGUAUGUCCUGGCUUUGGUUUUUGCCAUUGAAGAGAUCAACAGGAACCCCUAUCUUUUACCCAACAUGUCUCUAGGAUUUGAUCUCUAUAAUGUCCCUUAUACUCAAUGGAUGACAUUGAAGAGUUCCCUCAUUUGGCUGACAGGACUGAACAAGUAUGUACCAAAUUACACCUGCAGGAGACAAAGCAAGUCUGUAGCAGCACUUACAGGAACAUCAUGGGCAACUUGUGCACAGAUUGCAACAUUGCUGGGACUCUACAAAUUUCCACAGCUUACCUUUGGGCCUUUUGAUCCUAUUCUGAGUGACAAUAGUCAGUCUCUUUCUCUAUAUCAGAUGGCCCCCAAGGAUACAUCUCUGGCUCUUGGCAUGAUCUCCUUGAUACUUCAUUUUAGCUGGACCUGGGUGGGACUGGUCAUCUCAGAUGACCACGAUGGAAUUCAGUUUCUCUCAGACGUUACAGAAGCCAUGGAAAGGAACAGAGUAUGUGUAGCCUUUCUGGAAAUGGUCCCAGUCACUACAGUGUCAUACUUCACAAAAGCUUGGUCAUAUCAUCGCCAGAUCAGGCAAUCAUCAGCUGAUGUGGUGAUCAUUUAUGGUGAUGCUGAUUUUCUACUCGGUUUCACUAUUAGUAUUGACCAAGAUUCAAUUAUAUGGAAAGUCUGGAUCACAACCUCACAAUGGGUUAUCAAUACUGAAAAGAACAAUUUCUUACUUGACACUUUCCACGGGACUCUGAUUUUUUCACAUCACCAUGAGGAGAUUUCUGGAUUCAAAAAUUUUAUCGAGACAGCUACCCCUUCCAAAUAUCCAGAAGACUUUUACCUCGCUGAAUUGUGGAAUUCUUCUUUUAAUUGCUCGAUUUCUGAGUCUCACUAUGAAACAUUAGAGACCUGUCCUCUCAAUGCAUCUUUGGCCUGGCUGCCUAGGAACAUUAUGGACAUGUCUAUGACUGAUGGGAGUUACAAUGUAUACAAUGCUGUGUAUGCUGUGGCCCAGACCCUUCAUGAAAUGAUGCUUCAACAAGUAGAAAUGCAACCAAUGUGGAAUGUACAAGGACUGACCUUUGCCCCCUGGCAGCUGCACCCCUUUCUGAAAAAUAUCCAAUUCAACAAUCCUGCUGGAGACCAAGUGAAUAUGGAUCAGAAAAGAAAACUGGACGCAGAGUAUGACAUUCUCAACUUUUGGAAUUUUCCAGAGGGUCUUGGCUAUAAGGUCAAAGUAGGACACUUCUCACCGUAUCUUCCAAAAGACUGUCAAUUGUCCUUAACAAAGGAUAUGAUAGAGUGGGCCACAGGAAUUACACAGAUUCCUCACUCUGUAUGCAGUGAGAGUUGUAAUCCUGGAUUCCGGAAAUCCCCUCAGGAGGGAAAAGCUUCCUGUUGUUUUGACUGUACCCCCUGCCCAGAGAAUGAGAUUUCCAAUGACACAGCAGACUUGGAUCAGUGUAUGAAGUGUGCAGAUCAUCAGUACGCUAAUGUGGAGCGAAACCAAUGCCUCCAGAAAGCUGUGACCUUUCUUGGUUAUGAAGACCCCUUGGGGAAGUCCCUGGCCUGCACAGCUCUGGGCUUCUCUGUCCUCACAGUGCUUGCUUUGGGCAUCUUCGUGAAGCACCGAGACACUCCCAUCGUCAAGGCCAAUAACCGGGUUCUCAGCUACGUCCUCCUCAUCUCCCUCACCUUCUGUUUUCUCUGCUCCUUACUCUUCAUUGGACGUCCCAACACGGCCACCUGCAUCCUCCAGCAGACUACAUUUGGGAUGGUGUUCACCGUGGCUGUCUCCACUGUCUUGGCCAAAACUAUUACUGUGGUUCUGGCUUUCAAGAUCACUGCUCCAGGGAGAAGAAUUCGGCAUUUGCUGGUGUCAGGGGCGCCUAACGCUGUCAUUCCCAUCUGCUCCCUCAUCCAACUGACCCUUUGUGGAAUAUGGCUGGGGACCUCUCCUCCUUUCAUCGACACAGAUGUACACGCUGAAUAUGCACACAUCAUCAUUGUGUGCAACAAGGGCUCAGCCACUGCCUUCUACUGUGUCCUGGGAUACCUGGGCUCCUUGGCCCUGGGCAGCUUUACUGUAGCUUUCCUAGCCAGGAACCUGCCCGACACAUUCAAUGAGGCCAAGUUCCUGACAUUCAGUAUGGUGGUUUUCUGUAGCGUCUGGGUCACCUUCCUCCCUGUCUAUCACAGCACCAAGGGGAAGGUCAUGGUGGCUGUGGAGGUCUUCUCCAUCUUGGCCUCCAGUGCAGGGCUCCUAGGCUGCAUCUUUGCCCCGAAGUGCUACGUUAUUUUGUUGAGACCCGAUAGGAACUCUCUGCAUGGGUUUAGGGAUAAAGUGCAUCCUGGGAGUAAUAAGCCCUCUUAA